UAUGUUUCAAAAACUAUUUCAUUGGAUUGUUGGAAAACCACAACCUCCUCAUUACCAGUUGGGCAACUCUCAGUCAUGUAUAUUCUGUAGGGCUUAUUCCACAAACCGCAGUGACUUUGACAUUGUGUGGGAGGAUGAAGUAUUCGUUGCCUUUCGGGACAUUCGUCCAUCAGCACAAGACCACAUUCAACUCAUCCCCAAAACCCACAUCGGUGAGCUUUACGAAAUUGUCCACUUCACUGGCUUAUCAGUCACAAUCAGAAAGUAUCAGGAAACUUUUUCAGAAGGAUGUGAAUAUGCUCAGGAGAAUGGAGGAAAUAGGACAUUCCAUUCUUGAUACGUUCAACGUACCAGUUUCAAAGCGGAAGAUGGGUUUCCAUAUACCACCGUUCAACUCAAUACACCACCUGCACCUACAUGUACAAUCAUUGCCAUACAUUUCGCCUAUACAUCGGCUGAAGUAUCCGUUUGUUCGGGGCUUUGGCGGCUAUGAAAAGGGAUUCAGUUGGUUUGCUGAGAUCGGUCAAGCAAUACGGAUUCUGGAGAAAGGCCAUCGUGUCACCGUUGCACCGUGCUAAGCAUCAUGUAAAGCGAUGGUUGGUUGAAUCAAGACGACAACCGUCGUUGUUGUGAAGUGUGGCGUUGUCGCAGAUUCGUGGCGUACAUCA